ACCUAUAUCUCAAGCUCUCCGUCUGAUAAAAACCCUCGAUUCCUUCGGACCGCCCUCCGCCGAUCUGCGCCCUCGCCAACAAAACGCAAGAUGGUGAAGGAACGCCAGGGAGAGCGGGUCAGGCUUUAUGUCAGAGGUUCGAUCCUUGGAUACAAGAGGUCCAAGUCAAACCAAUACCCAAACACAUCACUCAUCCAGAUUGAGGGAGUAAACUCCAAGGAAGAAGUCGCAUGGUACUGUGGCAAGCGCAUGGCAUACAUCUACAAGGCCAAGGUGAAGAAGAAUGGAAGCCACUAUCGUUGUAUUUGGGGGAAGGUUACCCGGCCUCAUGGUAACAGUGGUAUUGUUCGUGCCAAAUUUAAGUCCAAUUUGCCGCCCAGAUCAAUGGGAGCAAGGGUAAGAGUCUUCAUGUAUCCAAGCAAUAUAUGAGUUGAAGCUCUCUCUCUGGGAAGUUCUAAUGAUGGUUACUGCUGAAUAAUAAACUAUUUGCAAUACUAAUACACGAUACAUCAGUUGUCUCCACGCUAAGACAAUCAUGGGGUUAUGAUUUGUGAUUAACGCGGCUUGUUAUUAACUUUGUAAUUCAUAGCAAUAUAUAUAUGUCGACGAUGGCACUUUAAAUGCUCACCAUGAUCCGUGUGAUUUAUUUGC